AAUGCUCCGACACACGUUCCUCCUCCCCCCCGCUCGCCACGGCCACCACCACACCCGCCCUUCACCCAUGGACGCCGCAUCCUUCAGCGACUACUCCUCUGGAACGCCGUCCCCUGUCGGUGGCGUCAGCGGCGGCGUGGACGGCGACGACGGCGGCUCCUCCUCGUCGUACAUGACGGUGUCGUCGGCGCCGCCGAAGCGGCGAGCCGGGCGGACCAAGUUCAAGGAGACGCGGCACCCCGUGUACAAGGGCGUGCGGCGGAGGAACCCCGGGAGGUGGGUCUGCGAGGUGCGGGAGCCGCACGGCAAGCAGCGGAUAUGGCUCGGGACCUUCGAGACCGCCGAGAUGGCGGCGCGCGCGCACGACGUCGCCGCGCUCGCGCUGCGGGGGCGCGCCGCCUGCCUCAACUUCGCAGACUCGCCGCGGCUCCUCAGGGUGCCGCCCAUGGGCUCCGGCCAUGACGAGAUACGCCGGGCGGCCGCCGUCGCGGCGGACCAGUUCCGGCCGGCGCCUGAUCGUCAGGGCAAUGUGGCCACCGCCGAGGAGGCGGCGGAUACUACGCCGCUGGAUGCGACGACGCAGAGCGUAGUCGAUGACCCGUACUGCAUUAUCGACGACAGGCUCGACUUCGGGAUGCAGGGGUACCUCGACAUGGCGCAAGGGAUGCUCAUUGAUCCACCACCCAUGGCUGGUUCGUCCACCAGUGGCGGUGACGACGAUGACGACGGUGAGGUCAAGCUCUGGAGCUACUGAUCACCGAUCGCGCGCAUUUGAAGCAAGCUACUAGCUUGCAUUUGCAUUGGGCAAAUAACUUCCCUGUACAGCCUCGGGAAGAAUCUAGUACCGGUGAAAUGUAGUGGUAGUUGCCCUUUCCUAGUUUGUCCGUACCCGUACCCCUGCUCUUCUGAUGAAGCGUGAUCAGGAGGAGCUAGAAGGCUGGGACUUCUCAGUUUGGUAGACUCUUGUGGUCUUUUAAUUUGGAGCAAGAGAUGUAACUGCAUAAUGCAUGCAUGGUAAUGGUGAUCUUCAGAGUGCUAUCAGCACCACUGCACCAGUAAUAAGCCACAAAAUUAUUGACGCUGAAUUGAGAACUUGGCUUGUUGCACCUGAUGAUCAAACUAAUCUGCUGCUAAGUUUAUGUGCUUCAAAACCUUACUCUAAUGCUACACGGUAAAUAAUAAUGCGGCGGUUGUGUUUUGAUAUGUA